UGUGAUCGUAAUAGUUACUGUCUAGGUUUUGGUGCCUGUGCUAAUUGCCCCAUUAGUGGUCAAAUAGGUUGCGGCGGUAACUGUACUGACCCCAAUACCGACUCAGGAAAUUGCGGCGACUGUGAUAAUGCUUGUCCUGGUGGUAAAUACUGUUCAGGUGGAAAGUGCGUUUGCCUCCCUCAGCUGACAGAUUGUAGCGGUACCUGUGUUGACCUCACAUCUAACAAUAACAACUGCAAGGCUUGUGGAAACAAAUGUGGUAGUAACCAGAGCUGUUGUGGUGGC